UCAGUGUCGUGUGUAACCGCAGUUGUCGUGUUUGUAACGACUGACAACCGUUUGGAGACAGUCUCUACCUAGCACUAGCUAACUAGGCUGAUGCUAGUUAGCUUGCGCGCUAACAGAGAUGACCGCCACACGUCAUUGUUGGAUACUCCUAUUUGGACAGUAAGGUUAUGUGCGCACUCUGCACGUUUAAUUCAUGCUUACAGAUCAAGCGGAGUUGUACCUCUUUUUUACUCAUACGGCCAGUAUUUUGUGACGCUGUGACAUAGACCUCGUUAUUUUGAAGUUGGGAGAACUGUAUGCAUAUGCAGUAUUAAUAAAUUACAGCAGACCUGAGGAGGGUGCUUAAUGCUGUAACCAAGCAGAAACAAAACAGACAUUAGGAGGAGUGUUGGUGGAUCAACAUGGACUUUGAGAGGAGGGGUGGGCGAGGUGACCGCAUCGGUCGCUAUGGCAGUACUCAUAAUGAUCACAACUUUCGAGACAUGGACUAUCGAGGCUACAGCCAAGAGGAUGAAGAGUCAGGAGCAGGAUAUGAUGUCAGUGCAGAGGGGGACAGACUCUAUGGGUGUGAAGAACAAUCAUUGGCAGCUUGUGACUUCUCACUUGGUGGGCUCCAAGAACGACCAGGGUUUCAUGACAGGCGAGAUGGCCAAGGUGAAAUUGUGCAGGAGGGGAAGGGGCUCUCUUGGCCCUCUUGCUCUCAGGCACAGCCUGAUCUAUCUCUUCCCACACAAAGAGAUGAGGAUGUAUCAAGAAGGGUGUUUGAGCAGACACGGACUGGCCUUCAGGAAAAGGGUCGGGGGAAAGGUGGAAGAGGGUUCCAUGAAAACAGCAGUUGGGGUCGUGGUGUCCCAUCUGAGCAGAUGGAAUAUUGUGCAACAAGGCAAAGAGAGGAUGAGCAGUUUUCUCGUGUAGCAGGAAAGAGAAGGCAGGGUUUUCCAGGGGGUGCAGAAGAGCAAAGCUGUGGGGGUGCUGGGUCAGACCUGUCUGUAGAUGAGAUGGAACAGAGGGACCAGGACUACAGGGCAGAACUUGACCACAACCAGAGGCCUAGCAACAUCAUAAUGCUUCGCAUGCUGCCACCCAAUGCUACUGCUAAUGAGAUCCGAGCACAACUUCAGGAACAGGGGAUCCAGCCAAGAGAAGUUCGCCUCAUGAGGAACAAGUCCUCAGGUCAGAGCCGAGGAUUCGCCUUCGUCGAGUUUAAUCUCAUACAGGAGGCCACCCGCUGGAUGGAGACCAACCAGGGAGUGCUACUGAUUCUGGGACAGAGAGUGUCGAUGCACUACAGUGACCCAAAACCACGUGCCAACGAGGACUGGCUCUGCAACAAGUGCGGUGUGCAAAACUUCAAGCGGAGAGAGAAGUGCUUUAAAUGUAGUGUACCUAAAUCAGAGGCUGAGCUGAAGUUGCCUCAGUUGCAGAGGGACUUACCUGUUGGCAUUCAGAAGGAGGGGGCCCAAGGCUUAUUGCCCUUGCCAGUACCGUACCAUACUUCUGGUCCUUCUGUUAACCAAGGCCAAGGGCAAGCUACACAGCAGCCAGAUGUUGCAAAUGACACUUUGAUACUUCGAAACCUUGGACCACAUACUUCAGUUGACGCUAUCUUAUCUGCUUUGGCUCCAUUUGCCACUCUGUCCCCUUCAAACAUCCGUUUAAUCAAGGAUAAACACACCCAUCUCAACAGAGGUUUUGCUUUCCUACAGCUGUCAACCAUUGUGGAGGCAUCUCAGUUGCUCCAGAUUUUGCAAGCUCUGCAGCCAGCUCUCUGUAUUGAUGGGAAGGCUAUUGUGGUGGAGUUUGCCAAAGGCUCCAAACGUGAUGUGUUUCUGACCGAUGGCAGCAGAGUAAGUGCUGCUACAGUUGCAAGCACAGCUAUAGCCGCUGCACAGUGGGCUGUCACACAGACUGCACAGAACGGAUCUGUUGGUCAGAGUGUAGACGGAGCAGUGUUUCAGCAGGGGGCAGCAGUAACCUACAAUCAGGAUGGGCAUGGGUACUCGGGAUCAGAUGGAACCAGUUUCAAGGGCCAGGCUGACACCAGGAUCACUGCCUUGCCCACCGCAGGAGCAGCUUUGAUGGGGGCCUACACCACAGGGGGAGCCACAGCUGUCAUUGCAUCUGAAACGGUGACAUCAGGAGGAGUUGUUCAGCAGCCUCUCAUACAUUCACAGGCUGCUCUCCUCACCACAGCAACCACUGCAUCAGCCACUCAAGUUGAGAUAGUAGGAAAACCACAACCAGCUACUCCAACCCAACCUGCCACCCCAGGCACUGAACAUGAGCUCAAACAAUACCCUGUCCCAGAUGUGUCCACAUACCAGUAUGAUGACAGCUCUGGCUACUAUUAUGACCCACUCACAGGACUUUACUAUGACCCUAACUCACAGUACUACUACAACCCUCACAGUCAGCAGUAUAUGUACUGGGAUGGAGAGAAGCAUACCUACAUUCCUGCUGCUGCUGGUCAGUCAAACACCGACGGCACUCCAGCGAAUGAUAACACAGCUCCCUCAGACUUGCCGUUUGGUAGCCCAGGCAGUAAGGACAAAAAGGACAAACCGAAAAAUAAAACUGCUCAGCAGAUUGCCAAAGAUAUGGAGCGAUGGGCUAAGAGUCUAAACAGACAAAAGGAGAACAUGCGCUCUGUCUCCUCCUCCCCUGCUGUUGGCGCCCCAGUGAUGCUCCCUGGUCACACCAGGGCUCCGGGCCACAGUCGCCAAGACGACCGCAGAGAGUCCGCCAGUGCCGAUGCAGGAUAUGCUGUUCUGGAGAAAAAGGGGGCGCUGUCUGAACGGCCUCAGAUUUUUCUGGAUCAAAUCAGACAAACCACAGAGCAUUCCCCUCCCCAGCAGCAGGGCCUGGUCCCAGCCUACAGUGGAGAAACUGACAGCGAGGACGAAGGAGGCGAGAAAGAUGAGAGGGAAGGGAGAAUGACAGACUGGGUUAAAUUGGCCUGUUUGCUGUGUAGGAGGCAAUUUCCAAGCAAAGAGGCACUCAUCAGGCACCAGCAGCUUUCUGAACUACAUAAGCAAAACCUGGAACAGAGACGGUCUCAGCGAGACACUGCAGGAAGAGAGAGACUUGCAGAUGGCCCUCAACCACCUGAUACCAAGAAGAGAAAGCUGAGUCCUAUGGAUGGGAUCUUAGGAACUAGUCUUGGUGCCAGAAUGCUACAAGGAGGAGUGAAAAAAGGGCUUCUGUUGCGCAAUAUGCAAGUGGAAUGAGCCUUCAAUCUUUCCUGAUCACAAGACCAGGAGAAAGCCCAGUACACGAGACUUCACCAUUAACAUCACAUAGAAUUCUUUAGAUAAAUUCUUUAUGUUGGUUUCGUAUUAAAUUUACCUCAACAGUGGUAAUACACUCAAAUGAACUCAGAUUUUGUAGCAAUGGAUGUGGGGAUAUUGCACCAAAUGCACCUUUUUGUUGCUUUGUUCCUGAAUGAUGCAGUUCUGAGUUCUCUCUUUCUUCAGAACUUGUGUGGUAAACAAGCUUUAUGUGGUUGGAAAAUGAAAGAUCGCUGUAGAUCUUUGUCAUCAAAAGGCAUUUUUCUAAACUUGUCUAUGCACCAUAGAAUUUUUUUAUUUAAUGCUAUAUGCCUUGUCAUUCAGUGAAUGACAAAUUGUGUAAAAAUUAGACUUAGCACUGUAAAAAUUAGACUUAUCACUUUUUUAACCAUAGUAUGAACUAAGAGACUGUGGCCUAAGGAACUGGAUAGAAAAUCAUGUUUGAUUGCAGGAACUGAGGUGUAUGUGGUUAAUAUAGGGAAAGUUUAUCCUUUUUUUUUUUUUGCUUCAGUAUGUGUUUAUUAAUGUGACUGUUUCAUCAAGAUCAUGUAAAUCAGAAUAACACAUUUUCAUCAAGAAUGACUGUCUUACUAAGGCAAAGCAGUAAACAGCAGGCAUUGGCCUGUUUCGACAUUUUAA